AUGGUGGCUGCGUCACCGUUCAGGUCCGCCAUCAUCGAGUGCGCGAGGAAGGGAAUGCGCUCGUUCGAGAUCGUUCAGAAGCUCGGUGUCGGACGUUCGGUUGUCAACCGAACUUUGCAACGCUUCAGAGACCUCGGAACAUUGAAGGACAGACAAAGAAGCGGUCGCCCGGUCACAGUGACAACUCCGCAAGUGGUCAAAGCGGUGAGAGAGAGAAUCAGGCGAAAUCCGGAAAGAAGCAUGAGGAAGAUGUCGUCGGAGUUCAGCAUGAGUCCAAAAUCGAUGAGAAUUGUCGUCAGACAGAAGCUGAACAUGAUUCCUUAUCGUAUUCAAAAGGGAGCAUUCUUGACGAAUCGAAACAAGGAGCUUCGCUUGAAAAAAUCGAAAGCUCUCCUUCUCGGCACGCGACAAGGCACGCACUUGCGGACACUGUUUACCGACGAGAAGAUCUUCACCGUUGAAGCCAACAAAAACGGUCAGAACAACAGGAUCAUCGCUAUGGACUUCGAGACUGCCUGUAGGAAAGGAAAAAUUCUCAACAAGACCUCUCAUCCAUCUUCUGUGAUGGUUUUUGCAGGCAUUUGCGCCGACGGGAAAACUCCACUCGUUUUUGUUGAUGUUGGAGCAAAAAUUAACCAAGGAUACUACGUCACGAAGAUUCUCGAGUCGGAAGUGUUGCCUUGGUCCCAGUCUCACUUCGGAAACCGCCAUUGGAUCUUCCAACAAGACGGAGCACCAGCUCACCGAGCCAAAGCCACUCAACAGUGGUGCAAAGCACAUUUUCCAGGUCUGAUCGCCUCUGAUGAGUGGCCUGCUUCCAGCCCGGAUCUAAACCCGAUGGACUUCGCAGUGUGGGGAUAUUUGACACAACUGGUUUCCACAAAAAACUAUUCAAGUUUGGGAUCCCUGAAGGUUUCUCUGAAGAAGGCGUGGGAUGAUCUUGAUGUCAACUACCUCCGUGCCGUCGUUGACUCGUAUCCGAAGAGACUGAAGGCUGUUAUCAAAGCGAAAGGAGGACGGUUCGAAAACUGUUAA